AUGGCACACCACAGAAAAGACGCCGACAUCGAAGACGAGCUCGCAGAUCCUCGCAAUCCCUACGCGUCGUCCACACGAUGGCGCCACGAGGAGUCAUCUGCGUACCGGCGCCACGCUGGCAGUCAGAUGGCUGCACGCGACGCAGAAGUCAGAGGCCAGACUACUGACCUGGCCAAGUUCCUGAACUCUUCGAGAGUCUCGCCCGAGGACAACCCAGCAGGGCCUCGAGAACCCGGCGCAUCGAAGUCCAAGCCAAUUGUGAUAGGCGAGGCGCAUGCGGUGGCUGUCGGAGAGCCCGAGCCGGAGAAUGUCGAUCCCACCCAGGCUGUUCCCCAAGACGGCAAGACAAUCGCUUGCGGGCCAUUGCUAAAUUACAAACAUAUGGAUGGAAAUUUGUGGCAUGGCAGUGUCCUGGUGGUCACCAAGGGAGGCGGCAAAGAACCGACUCCUGCGCCGACAUUGGUCUUGAGACAGGUGGGAUCAGCUAGCGGCUUUGGCUCCCAGUCAGGUCCUGCGGCUAACGGCAAUGGAGAGCACAAUGUCGGAGCUGUUAGCAAAGCCUCUGGAGGUAUAGAAGUCCAAGGUGUUUGUCUCUAUUCGGAUGCGCGUAACACAUUUUGGCGGUUCAACAUCGAUGUGGAGAUGGAGGAGACCGAGACGAAGUGGGAAUAUGCCCUGCCUGAGCUGCGUUUCGUGAGCAAGACGAAGCCCCGCGUCAACUCCUUCUUCGUACCCGCCAUCACCGAGUCAAUGCGAAUCAUGUUCCAUUCUUGCAAUGGCUUCAGCGUAGGGACUGAUGAAGAAGCUUGGAGCGGGCCUGCGCUAUGGAAUGAUGUGAUGAGGCGCCAUAACGAGUCACCGUUCCAUGUCAUGAUCGGUGGUGGUGACCAGAUUUACAAUGAUGGAAUCAGAGUUAAUGGGCCACUGCGCGAGUGGACAAAUAUUGGUAACCCCAAGAAGCGGAGGGAAUUCCCUUUUCCGGAGAAGCUACGUUCUGAGUGUGACGACUAUUACCUGAGGAAUUAUCUUCGAUGGUAUUCCACUGAACCAUUUGCCGCAGCGAAUGGUCAAAUCGCCCAGGUCAAUAUCUGGGAUGAUCACGAUAUCAUUGACGGCUUCGGGUCUUACGUGAACGAGUUCAUGAAAUGUGAUGUGUUCAGAGGUAUUGGAGGAACAGCGCAUAAGUAUUACAUGCUGUUUCAACACCAUCUUCCACCGCCGCUAUCUACCUACACAUCCGACGCGCCGGAAACAGUUACAGAACCCGGCGAGCGAGGAGGUGUUGAUGAACAACAACUGGCAAAUGCAUUCGUGGGCAAGGCGAUCAAGGAGCCGUGUUAUAUCAUUGGCACCAAACCUGGGCCCUACGUGGCUGAGCAUUCUCACAAUAUAUUUGCCAAACUUGGUGCGAGAAUAGCCUUACUGGGCAUCGACGCACGUGUAGAACGCACACGUCACCAAGUCAACUACCCGGAGACAUAUGACCUGGUAUUUGGCCGUCUUAAGGAGGAGCUGAAUGCCGCAGCGAGCUCAGGAAACCCAUUCAAACACGUCAUUCUACUCCUCGGCAUCCCAAUUGCCUACCCGCGGUUAACAUGGCUUGAGAAUAUUUUCUCGAGCCCCCUCAUGGGCCCCAUCAAGUUUGCCAAUCGAAGAUUCGGCCUUGGUGGUGGUAUUUUCAACCGUUUUGAUGGAGGCGUGGAUUUGCUUGACGACCUCGAUGACCACUACACUGCUAGAACACACAAAAAGGAGCGGAACGCUUUUGUAGAACGCCUUCAGACGAUAUGCGCUGAUCACUCAGUGCGAAUCACAAUAUUAGGUGGUGAUGUCCACUUGGCUGCUCUUGGUCGUUUCUACUCAAACCCUAAUCUUCACAUCCCGACUGAGAACGAUCAUCGUUACAUGGCAAAUGUGGUGUCUUCGGCGAUCGUCAACAAGCCACCCCCACAAGCUAUUGCCAACUUACUGGCACGAAGAAACAAGAUUCAUCACCUCAACCAUGAUACGGAUGAGACCCUCUUGAAGUUGUUCAACAAGGACCCUGGCGACUCCACCAAAACAGCUGGCCACAACCAGGUCACGAUGCCGAGUCGCAAUUUUGCAAUGAUCACGGAGAACUCUCCCAACAACCCUGGAAGAGAUGAAGCUAUUGCUGCAGCCCAUCCAACCACGAAUGGUGAUCACCUCGCACCACCAGAUGCCGCGCCUCCUGGCUCAAGCCACAGCAACGGUGCUCGGUCACAGAAGUCUUCGAAGUCGUCCAAAUCGAGUAAUGGCAAAGGUGGCCAUGGACCCUUGCAUGUUGGCGAGGUUGAUGCUGGAACGGCACAUCGGGCCGCAUCUUCAACCCUUCACGGCAAGGGCAAUGAUGGCAGUAUAGAUAUCUGCAUACGGGUCGAGAUCGACCAGCAUGACAAGAACGGGAGGACUGAGAGUUACGGUCUGACUGUACCGACUCUACAGUACACGGCGGCAGUGCGACCAGCCACAUCUCUUCGUGGGUAG